UUUUUAAGUAAAUUAUUAACUGAAGAUUUGAAAAAUGCUGUUUCAAUAAAGGAGAUGGAAUUGCUUAGCCAGACGAAAAACUUGACCGAAACCAACAACAACAAAGUUGUCGAAUUAAAUGCAAAAACUGAGCAGCGGAUAGUCGAGAAAGACAAAGAAACACACGAAUAUAAACGUGUUAUUGAUCAACUUCCCUUGAGAACGAAAAACUUCAAGGCUAUUUUCAAAAGGUGA